AUGUUUCGCGCUUGCUUGGUUCCUUGGCGCGCCGGCGGCGGCUGCUCCUCCUCCUGCUCCGCGCAGCGUCUGGGUUUCAGGCGUUAUGGGAGACUGGCCCUCCUCCGCCUAUCAGCCGGCGAAGGUGCUUCAGCUGCUGAAGGCAAGCAUCUUCUGGGCGUCGCUUCCCGGAGAGCAAGGUGCAGCGGUGGUCCGGGGCGCGGGACCAAGUGGAUCAAGCCCGCGGGCCGGGACAGCGGGAUCCAGGCGUACAACAGCCUGAGCAGAAGGAAAGAGCCUCUCAUCCUGCGAAACGCGGAUGUGGUGACUUGGUUAGAAUACUUAGAAAAUUGUGCUCCUAUUUCUUUUAAUUUAUUCCCCCCCCCCUUGCCGGGACACCUUCAUAGCUAGCAAUAAAAUGGAUAGGUAAAUAAUAAAUAGGUAAAUAGGUAAAUAAAAUGGAUUCCUCUCCGCCCCCCACCCCCAGCAGUGAAGAGGGUAAAGUCUCACCUUUUGAGAUGUUGCAGUUUGUUAGAAACGAAGCUCCCAGGGGAACUAGUAAUUCGUAAUGCAGUACAUUUGGGUCCAGCUAAAUAUUAAAAUAUUAGGACGCAUGUGGCGCUGUGGUCUAAACCACAGAGCCUAGGGCUUGGUGAUCAGAAGGUCUGUGGUUUGAAUCCCCGCGACGGGGUGAGCUCCCGUUGCUCGGUCCCUGCUCCUGCCAACCUAGCAGUUCGAAAGCACGUCAAAAGUGCAAGUAGAUAAGUAGGUACCACUCCGGCGGGAAGGUAAACGGCGUUUCCGUGCGCUGCUUUGGUUCACCGGAAGCAGCUUAGUCAUGCUGGCCACAUGACCUGGAAGCUGUACACCGGCUCCCUCAGCCAGUAAAGCAAGAUGAGCGUUGCAACCCCAGAGUUGGCCACGACUGGACCUAAUGGUCAGGGGUCCCUUUACCUUUACCUAAAUAUUAAAAACCAGCAAAAGUUGUGGCACAAUCCUUGGGUGCUUUAUGUGGAAGUAAGUUGGAUGGAACUUACAAUUAGGUGUGCAUAGGAUUUAUUUGUGGGGUUUUGCUCAGUAAUCCGGCUCACAGCUAUACGUGGCCUGCGCUUUUAAAAAGUUGAAACCAGAAUUGCACCAUGGCAUAAUGGAUACAGACUUUGAGAGAGGUAGAGAAGCAAUUUCUCAGUAGGUGUGUGAGUAAGCAGAAGGCUGAGACAUGGUGGAGAACAGGGACACUGAAUGGAACAGGUGUGAGUUCAAAAAUGGGGAAAUUGAGAUGUUGUGUACCUCUAGGAAACAAGGCAAGGCCAGGAACAGAAUAACAAAAAGCUUUAGGCAAACUUGACAGAGGAGGCAGCAGUUAAGGAGCGUGGGCAAGGACCGAGUCCAGGAACCUUGUAUUGUUUGCUUAACAAAGACUUGUUUUUUUCCCCGGGGGGGGGGGAAUUACCGGUAGUUUUCCCUACUGUGCCUAAAAUGGGCUCCAAGUUCGGAGGUCAUGUGCUUCACCCUUCUUAUUCAGCUGUGUAAUGGUUGAUGUGAAUUUUGAAACUGAUCAUUACGUAACGCCUUCUGGUGUUUUUCUUAGUAGAUCUUAAUUUUAUUCACAGGUAUAGCUGUGGACCUACUGUCUAUGACCAUGCACACCUUGGGCAUGCUUGGUAAGCCUUCACAUGCUAAAAUUUCAUAUUUUUUUUGUCGGAAUUAGUUCUGCACCAGCCGGCUUCAAUAUAGACUCUUAUUUUGUGUAGUAGAUACUCUUCUUACGAGUACAUUAGCAUCAAGCUGUUUUUCAGCAGAGAGCAGGAAUACUAGAAUUGUAACCCUGAGGAGUUAGCCAAGUGCAAGCUAUCAGCAUCCUGCAGAAUAAGAAGUGUAGUUAAAUGCACCCAAGUGAGGCUUGGAAGAAAAGAUAGGGGGGAAAGUCAGCCUGGCAUGGAGAAAAAUUCACUUCUGAGAUCCAAAAUAUGAUGGGCCACUGUGCCUCAAGCUUUAACAAGGUGUUCGUCUUUCUGCUGAGGCUUCUGAAGCAAAAACUAAAAUAAAAUCCUAGCUUCAGUAUGUCUACUUAACAUAAAACCAACCUGUUUCAUAUCUGACUGAGGCCCGUAAUACAUGUGCCUUUCCCCCUCUCUUUCAGCUCCUAUGUUAAAUUUGAUAUAAUUCGAAGAAUACUGACAAAGAUGUUUGGAAAGGAAGUCGUCAUGGUGAUGGGGAUUACAGAUAUAGAUGACAAAAUAAUUAAGAGAGCCAGUGAGGUAAGUGUAUAUAGUUAGCUUGCUUUUUGGUUCGCAAUCCAGUGGAUUUUACAAAUGUGCUGGAUUGUACUGUUUGCAUUAUAGCCAGUCUAGGUAGGCUGUGAAAUGAAACGGAUACAGUGGACGCUCGGGUUGCGAACGUGAUCUGUGCAGGAUGCACGUUCACAACCCGCAGCGGUGUGUCUGCGCAUGUGCAGGUUGCGAUUCGGCACUUCUGCGCAUGCGCAAAGUGUAAUUUAGUGCUUCUGUGCGUGCGCGACCCCUGAAACCCGGAAGUAACCUGUUCUGGUACUUCCGGGUUUAGGCAGGUCCGUAACAAAAACAAACAACCCCCCCCCCAAAAAAAACCCCGCAACCUGAAGCGUCUGUAACCCGAGGUAUGACUGUAUUGCAUGGCAGGAUCAAAAUUUGGGAGAUUUGCAGACUCUCUCUAUCUUUUUGUAGGUGAAAAGUUCUGCUAGGCCUCAGCCAAACAAGAGAGAGGCUUCUCUCAAUUGCAGUUAGGAGAUCUGUCCCUCUUGAAGUAAAUUUCCAUCUCCUACCUUAACCUCUGUUAAGUAAUACAGCUGUGGCAGUGUUAGCUGUGAUAAAGGAAUGAAGGCGCUGGAUAGGAAUGCCUCUGAAGGAGGAAGUGUGUAUUUUGGGAUUUCUCUGAGAUCCAUCACUGUCACUAGUGAUGGAUCAGGUGACAUCAGUGGUUAAGCACACACAUUGCCAGUUUUGACUGGUGCAACCAUUCCUGGAGAGGGAUAGCCUUGCUGCAGUAGUUUAUGCAUGGAUAACCUCACAAUUAGACUACUGUGAUGUGCUAUUUGUGGGGCUGCCCUUGUACCUGGUUUGGAAUCUGCAGCAAGCACCAAAUGCAGCGACUAUAGUGCUUGGUGGGACACCAAGCUAUAUACAUGUUACACCAGUGUUGAAAGAUGUGCAGUGGCUAUUAGCUACUGAGCCAUGUUCAGAAGGGUGUGGUUGCUGUUAUUUAAAACUUUGGGAACCAGAAUAUUCUGCAGACUGCAUCCCCAGGUACAGACCAAGUCAAUCUUUUAAGCUCUUCAAAGAAGAGCCUGCCAGUUGUUCUGUGACCACUUAGUUGUUACUUGUUGACAAUGCUUAAGAAGUGAGCCUUCUUGGCGAUAGCACCCGUCCGUGGGUUAUUUGUGAGGCAGAAACGGCAAUACCUUUGAAUGCUUCUUUAAGAUUAUGUUCACCUAAACCAGGCACCCCCAGACUCGGCCUUCCAGAUGUUUUGGGACUACAAUUCCCAUCAUCCCUGCCCACUGGUCCUGUUAGCUAGGGAUGAUGGGAGUUGAAGUCCCAAAACAGCUGGAUGGCCAAGUUUGGGGAUGCCUGAUCUAAACUUUCCUGGACUUCUUAAUUUAUUUUGUUUUGUACAAUGCUUGAUUUUUCUUUGUGCUAUACAGUUUUGUGUUCUUACCACAUUGUUAGGAACUUUAAUUGGUGGUAGUGAUUGACAUUUUUUUAUAGCUUUUGUGUAAACCACCUAGAGAUUUAUAUACAUAUGUAUAUAGAGAGAGUGUGUACUUUUAAAAUUAAUAAAUAAUAACCAGGAUUCCCACUUAACAAGGAUUGGAAAUCAUUAUCACAUUUUAAAGGUUCUCUUCCAGUUAUCUGUCACAAUUCUACCCAGAUACCCCAGUGCCAUCAAAUGCUAACCUACCUAAAUGCAGUUAAACCAGUUCUAUCCUUGCAAUUCAGUAAUUUUUUUCUGUUUCCCCAUCUGCCCAAUUUUCUGUCCUAACAUUUGGCAUAAUAUAUUGGCAUUGAGCAGCUCAGUUUUUGUAUGAUGGGAAUUUCUGGAACAUUUAAAUGUAGUAACUUGAGUUGUUGACGUAUGGUGCCUCUUGUACCAUAUGGGGGGCCCACCAAGCUUUUGUCCAUACAGUACUUAACAUUUUUACUUGUUGCUCAUAGUUCCUUCUUUCCCACCAGCUCUGAAGGGGAAGAUCCAAAGUACUGAAAAAUACUUUUAAAAACAUAAGCAAAUAAUAAUAAUCCCAGGCUGCUUCCUGCAUGAUCCCAGAUCAGCCUUCUCCAGCUUGGUGUUUGUGCUGGCUGGAGUUGAUGGGGAGUUGCGGUUAGAAACAUAUAGAGAGCACCAGGCUGGGAAAGACUGUCCCAAACAAUCUGGGAUCCUGUGGGCAGCAUAAUGAUGUCACCUAGACAAUACGAUUUGGUUUUGUGGUGAUUCCCCCUCUGGGCUGACUUUCUGGUGAUGCUAGGGAGCUAAAACCAAGGGAAUUCCUUCAAAAUGAUAAACACUUGUUUUUGUAGGCCUCAGCCCCAAACAGUAAUCAAAACAAGUGGGGGUGCUGUGGGGCAAGGGGGGCAUAUCGCUCCAUUAUCAGUCUAGUUUGGCCCGUUUUGAACUGUAUCAUCUUUUAUCUCAAUGAAAUGAGAAAUAAUAUUAAGUGUUUCAAGGAAUUUCCCUGAAUGUUUGGGCUUUUUGUUGUUGUCAGGGCUCCGGAGAGCUGUCACCUGUCAUUCCUGUUUGACUAUGAAUGGGGGUAUUUUUAAUUCUGUGUUUGAAAUUGAAGCUACCUUUAGAUUAAGGGGGGGACGCGGGUGGCGCUGUGGGUUAAAAUCUCAGCGCCUAGGACUUGCCGAUCGUAUGGUCGGCGGUUCAAAUCCCCACGGCAGGGUGAGCUCCCGUCGUUCGGUCCCUGCUCCUGCCCACCUAGCAGUUCGAAAGCACAUCAAAGUGCAAGUAGAUAAAUAGGGACCGCUUUCUAGCGGGAAGGUAAACGGCGUUUCCGUGUGCUGCGCUGGUGCUGGCUUGCCAGCUGCAGCUUCGUCACGCUGGCCACGUGACCCGGAAGUGUCUUCGGACGGCGCUGGCUCACGGCCUCUAGAGCGAGAUGAGCACGCAACCCUAGAGUCGGACACGACUGGCCCGUACGGGCAGGGGUACCUUUACCUUUACCUUUUUAGAUUAAGGAUGCCCCCCCAAAAAAAGAUCAGUUCCCUUCUCCCUUGUUCUCCCUUGAUAUGUAAGAUUGUUGUGCUCCUCAGGCUAGCAGUUAAUGUGGCUUAUUGGUUUUAUCUUGGAUUUCUUUUCUCUCCUUCAGUUCGCUAUUAACUAACUGAUCAAACAAAUUUACCUGUGCGUUCCUUUCUUACAGAUGGGCAUAUCACCAGUGUCUCUUGCUCGCUUUUAUGAGGAGGACUUCAAGCAAGACAUGGAUGCUUUAAAGGUACAGAUAUUUCAUCUAAUAUGGAAGACAUCUUUUAUUUGUUGGAAAAGAUGCCUGGGCAGUGGUGGACCUCUUCCUUGGUCUGUUGAACUAAUUGCCUAUGCAUAUUUAGGUGUCUCCCCAACUUCAUUGAUGCUUCCUGUGAACUUGGUGUUCUUUUUGUUAUUCUGUCGACCAGGUAACACUUAAACCUGCUGCUGAUAGUCCACAUUUUUUAAUAAAAGCUGAUGACUUCUUUUAAAUUUUCAGGUUCUACCUCCUACAAUAUAUAUGAGAGUGACUGAAAAUAUUCCUCAGAUCAUUUCUUUUAUACAGCAGAUCAUUGCUAGCGGGCACGGUUAUGCAACAUCGAAAGGUAAAUCUUCUGAACAAUGCAAUUGCAUGUUAAUUAGUGUAGAAGACAUUUUUUUUGUCUGUUGUUUUUUUUCAUGUUGCCUUGAAUACGUCUUGUCCAGCUGUUAAAUAGCAAAUGCAGAGUUAAUGUAACUAUUAACUUUGAGCCAUUGUGGCCUAGUAGUUAAGAGUGGCAGACGAGGACCUGUGAGAGCAGGGUUCAAAUCCCUACUCAGCCAGGAAGUUCAUUGAGUGACCUUGGGCCAGUCCACUUUGGCAGAUGAUUCCACAUGCAGCUUGCUUCGUUUAUGUGAUCAGCAUAGGGGUACCAUCUCCCCAUGGUUGCUGGCACUGUUCAGUACCUGUGUGGUGGUGUGCUGGGUGCAUAAAUAUAGAGGAAUGUGUAAAUCAGGGUUUCCCAAACGGGUUUCCAGCUGCUUUUGGACUACAACUCCCAUCAUCCCUAGCUAGCAGGAUCAUUGGUCAGGGAUGAUGGGGAUUGUAGUCCAAAACCAGCUGGAGACCCAGUUUGGGAAACUCAGGUGUAGAUUUUCUCCUUAAUCCAAGGAUAGUCAACAGGGUGUCCUCCAACUCCCAUCAGCUCCAGCCAGCACAGUCAACCUUCAGGGAUGAUGAGAAUUGUGAUCCAACAACUUCUGUUGAGCACUACAUUUGCUACCCCUGCCUUAAAUCAGUAGGCCUAAUCGCUUCCAUCUUUGUAAUAAGACCAAACUGUUUAUUUCCGACAGGUAAUGUUUAUUUUGAUGUCCGUUCUAGGGGAGACAGAUACGGAAAGCUAACGCAGGUUUACCCUGACACCCAAGAGGAACCAGGUAAGUUAACAAAAGCUGUGUUGGCUUCUGCAUGAAUUAGGGAGGCUUUGUAUGUAUUCUAUGCAAAAAGUAUAUAAUACAUAGAAAGGAGGCUAGUAGCCCUGUUUUAACUUGGUUCUGUGUAAGCCAGGGGUGCUAAGCUGUAGCACAUGGGCUGCAUCUGGCUCCUAAAGAGUCUUUUGUGGAACCUCCCAGUUUUAAAUUUAAUUUGUACAGGUUAUUUAUAACUGCUUCCAUAAGUACAUCAGUGUGGUGCUCUGGACAACCCCUGCACCCAUGUGUGUCCAUUUUUAUUAAAAACAAAAACUGACAGCUCCCACAGACAUGCCCUCCUAGUGGUGCAGCCAUAAAACUUCUAGCCCAUUUGCAAAGUUAAGCAGGGUCCAGUAUGUUUUUAAUUUGGAUGGAGGACCAUGUGUUGAGAUUCCUUGCAUUGCAAGGGGUUGAACUUGACGACCCUCGAGUUCUCUUCCAACUCCUACAAUUCUAUGAUUCUGAUUCCCCUGCUGUGAUUUGGUGAUGCUCCCCUCAGGUGAUCCCGCUCCCCAAAUAUUUGGCCUUUAAAAUUGCACUGAAAGUGGCCUAAGGCCUAGUGGCAGGUCUUGAGACGCACUAGUGAGACAUAUGAAGCUGUCCAGAUUACUUACGGAAUAUAGCAGAGAUCUCUUUUACACACUUAACUCAUUCCGAGCAUCUUUGUUAAUGCGUCACCCCUUGUUAUUGGCAGCCGACAGCGAUAAGCGUAACGUGAAGGAUUUCGCUCUUUGGAAGGCAGCCAAACCUCAAGAGACGUGCUGGGGUUCUCCCUGGGGGAACGGAAGGCCUGGCUGGCACAUUGAGUGUUCAACGAUAUCAAGGUCAGCCGGUCUGGACUUCUUCGUCUUUGUUUUUUUAUGAGCAUGCAUUAGAAAGCGAUUGACAUGUGAAUCACGGAGGGUUUCUGUUGAAAACAGUUUAAAUUUUUAAUAAGUGACAAUUAAUGGCAAUUGCAGUUUGAGGGAGAAAGCAAAUAAUGAAAUCACAUUUUAAGGACAGCUCUUCUGAGUGGAAGGGCUGCAAACUAAAGGCAGUAACAUCUGAUGCCUUUGUAGCCCACAUCUUGCGCUUGCUUCGAUGCGCCGUGGCAAGUCAGGAGAGCACACCAAUACGAGAGAUGCAAUGAUCCUACAGGGGAGCCAAGCCGGUGAUUCCUAAACUGCGGUUUACAGUGGACGUUCAGGUUGAGAACAUGAUCCGUGCGGGAUGCAUGUUCGCAACCCGCAGUGUUCGCAACCCGCAUCUGCGCAUGCAUGGAUUGCGAUUUGGCGCUUCUGCGCAUGCGCAAAGCGUGAUUUAGCGCUUCUGCGCAUGCACGACCACCGAAACCCGGAAGUAACCCGUUCCGGUACUUCUGGGUUUCGACGGUCCGCAACCCAAAAAAAGCAACCUGAAGCAUCUGUAACCCAAGGUAUGACUGUACAAUGUUAUUUUAGGCAGUCUGCAAAGCCAGAGUAGAAACAGAGAGAGAAGCUGGCACACUUAAGGCUUCCUGCAAGCAAAGCAAUCUGGUUAGCCCUUGUGAGAGGAGGAUACUGAGCUAUCCUGAGCCAUUGGCCUGAUCCAGCAGGUUCUUCUUACUUUGACUUAUCUGGAGUUUAUGGCGGUGAAUGUUGAACAAAAUGGCAGCUCCUACGGUCUGUGCAUCUGUACUUGGAACACACAAGGUGACAUCAUUUUUAGGUGACAGAUAGGCAAAUGUCUUAGGGAUCUAGGACAAGUCUUUGUAGACCUAGGAGUGCUUCCCUCUUCUCCACUUCAUGCUGUCUGUUCAGUUCAGCUGGAUUGGGGCCCCCAAAGCACUUCAACUCAGAAGCCAUUUCAAAAACACCUUCUAAUGUAGUUCAUGGAAAACAAGGGACCGGAACAAGUAGUCCUCAACACGCAAAGUUUUAAGAAGCAUUUGGCUGAAUAUAUUUUCUUUACUGAGAACAAAUUGUAAACCGCUUAGUCAAUAAAAUAUCUAUAAGCAAUAUAAAAUAGUGAUCAGUGUUGUUGUCCUCGGUCUGUCUUGAGAGACAAUGGAGAUAGGUAGUCUUUGACAAUCUGGAAGCUGGACCAAGGCUGCAGUUCCUCUGCUGUCUCAGUUAAACUCUUUGGGGCUGAGAUUACAGUGUUUAAUAAGAGUAAGGCCACUUCCAUCUAGAGGUAAAUGGAAGUAUUGCAGCAUUCAAGUAAGUGGCUCAAUUUAAUGCCAUCCCUUUAUAUGUGUGCAAGGGAGCAGAGAACAGGCACCUUGUACUGUAUGGAACUCCAAACACUUUGUUAACGGAGCUCAGCUUGCUGGUUAAUUUGGCAAUAAUGAAUGACGACAUCCAGAACUAUUGUGCUGCAGUUGCAUCUGCUUCUGCCUUAUUGAAACGCUUGUGCACAAUUGCUGCUGGUUGCAACUGUGGUUGCCUUGUUCAAACAUUACAUUUGCUGAUGCAUACCCAGGGAUGCAUGGGACUUCUUGCAUAGGAGGAAAAACUCGCUGCACAGACUGUCCCUCUGUUGCUCUUAUUCUUCAAAAAACACCACGGCCGAUUGAAAUCAAUCUUAGAAUCCUGGAAAAACACACUUUGCAAGGUGCUCCUCUUAAACUGAGUUUUCCUUGUAAUGUUUUAAAAAAUCUUUCUGCUUAUUUGGAGUGAGAUCGGAACAGAUUGGUAAAGUGCCAUUAUUGAUCUGCUCCUGUGGAUUGAACACAAAUACAGUGCUUUUUUUCAGCGCUUCUGAAAAAAAUAAAUCAAAGAAUAUGACACACACACACACUUCAUUUGGCUAAUAGAAAACCUAUAUAUAGAUGAUUCCUUGUAUGAUAAACUUAAGCUGAUGCAGUGGUUUGAAUAAAUUCCAGAGCUGGCUCCCAAUUCUUCUCUUUACUGAACUGUAACAGGAAUGUCUUUCUCUGUCUUUUUUCUCCUCCCCCCCAAACUCCCACUCAUUGAUUCCUUUUGUUGUAGUCUGGUGUUUGGAGGACAUUUGGAUAUCCACACUGGUGGAAUCGAUCUUGCAUUUCCUCAUCACGAAAACGAAAUUGCUCAGUGUGAAGUUUAUCAUCAGUGUGAACAAUGGGGAAAUUAUUUUCUACACUCUGGUAAGUGCUUAAAUAAACCCUUUUUUGCUUUUGACGUCCCUAGCAUUCCAUUUCAUUCAGUUACGCCGAUCCGGACAAAAUCAAGUUUUUAAAGGUAACAUUUAAUGAACAUAAUUACCGCAUGUCGUAACUUAAUUUUGAUUCUCUUUAUCUGUUCUUCUGUUACCUCUCAGUGCCUGACAAACACAAUUUGCUUAUUGAGACUACAGAAGUUACUUGUGUAUUGCACUACUCUGCAAUAUGGGGUGUGUGUAAGUUUAUGUUGGGCUUUUCUGAAUGAGUCAGCGUGAUAUUUUGGAGUCUCUCCAAGCCAUCUUCCUACUAGGGAUCAGCUGUGGCGGCAUAGAAGUGGCCUGUGCAAUUGGAUUGACUCACAGACCGAGCUCAGUACAAAUAUGAACUUGGAUCCUGUGAUCUGUGAAUAAGGAUUUUAAUUCCAUUUAUUAGUUGCAACAUAAGGAGUCUCCAAACUUCCAAAAUUUUAAGAUCAUAAAGCAAAUCAGAAGAACAAUUUGUGUAUGUUACAUAUUAAAGCCCUAAACGGCCUCGGCCCAGUAUACCUGAAGGAGCGUCUCCACCCCCAUCGUUCUGCCCGGACGCUGAGGUCCAGCGCCGAGGGCCUUCUGGUGGUUCCCUCAUUGCGAGAAGCAAAGCUACAGGGAACCAGGCAGAGGGCCUUCUCGGUAGUGGCGCCCGCCCUGUGGAACGUCCUCCCAUCAGAUGUCAAAGAGAUAAACAACUACCUGACAUUCAGAAGACAUCUUAAGGCAGCCCUGUUCAGGGAAGUUUUUAAUGUGUGACAUUUUAGUGUAUUUUUGGUUUCUGUGGAAGCCGCCCAGAGUGGCUGGGGAAACCCAGCCAGAUGGGCGGGGUACAAAUAAUAAAUUAUUAUUAUUAUUAUUAUUAUUAUUAUUAUUAUUAUCACUAGAGGCAUACAAUAACCCAUAGAGCAGACCCAAUAAAACAGCAGCAGAUCUUCAGCAGCAAAGUAAUAGCAAGAAAUAGCAAAAUCACCAUCAGCCACCAGCUGCCUGGAAAAAGAGAGAAGUUAAUGAUGGCACUAUGUGGAUUUCACUGGGGAGAGGAUUCCACUAUCAGGGAGAUGCAACAACAGACCCUCUCAAUGGUACCCUUGAACCUCCCUCUAUAGCCCCAUUAAUGCCUCUUUGGAGUUGGGGGACCCAAGCGAACAGUGUGGGAUAGGAGGUGAGCUGUUGGUGGUUGUGGGAACUUACCCAAAAUCUUGAAGAGGAACCUUGUAUGAAUGGAGCUACAAGUUCCUCUGCCUGAUUUUGGGUCACCUUUUCAGUGCUGCCCCCCUAUGCUCUUUCCCACAUUGCUCAGGAAAGUUCCCCAACCCUCUGGAUAGCCCUUUUGGAAGCUGUGGGUGGUGGGGAGAAGAAAGAGGACAAGUCCUCUUAGGUGGACUUCUUUCCAUUUGUGGUUUUCAAGAUGGAGGCUGUUGUGCCCUCCUGUGUGAAGCUCUCCUCCUCUUCAGCAGCCUUCGGAUUGGGCACAUGACAUUUGAUUUGGCCCUCUGAGGGGAGUGGAAGGGAGAGAGGGAGCAUGGUGUCUUCUGUAAGGGGAAUUACAUAUCCCUGUCCUUGUUCAUGUGGACGUUACCAGAUCAGGGCCCAAGGUGCCUUUGUCCUACCUCAAAUGUUAGGAAGGAGCAUUCUAGGAUAUUUUCACAUCACAUCUCUUCUUGGAGUGGGAAAAGUAAGGAGAAUAGUUGUGCUCAUAAAAUGUGCGCAUGAAUUGACGAGAGUAAGGCAAGCCCUUCUGAAAAAGAGUUGCCUCAUGUGUGUCUUUAUUUGUGAAUGUGUCUUAGGCAUUGGUUUAUUUUAAGCCUGUUGAUGCGAGGGCAGAUUUAACUUCUUUUAAGUAUCUCAGUACUACCUAUCCUUGUAACAGUAUGAAACAAAUAAAUACCCAAAUGGUGAAAUUUCAACAAGCAGUCAGCCUGGUUCAAACCAUUUUUACUCUUUUUGCAGAGUUGAGAUUAUUUCUGAUUAAUGGUUUUCCCUGUUCCUAUAAUAUAUAUACAGUGGUACCUCGAGUUACAAAUGCCUCAGGUUACAAACGCGUCAGGCUACAAAUUCCGCUAACCUGGAAGAGUUACCUUGAGUUGAGAACUUGGCUCCAGGAUGAGAACAGAAAUCAUGUGCCAGCGGUGCAGUGGCAGCAAGAGGCCCCAUUAGCGAAUGCACGCCUCUAGUUAAGAACAGUUUCAGGUUAAGAACAGACCUCUGGAAUGAAUUAAGUUCACAAAUAGAGGUACCACUGCAUAUAUAUUUAGGAUGCAACAGCCUACUUAAUAUUGUAAAUCAAAAUGCUGAAAGAUUCUGAAUUUUUCUACUAGAGAUAUUCACUCCAUUAUGUUUAAGACGUUGCUUUUAAAAAUUACUUUCUUACACGUGCAUGCUUCGAAUGAUGUAGAGUGCUAUUUGGGUGUUCAGAUUACCUGUAUCUGAUUAAUUUACUUAUCUCUACCUUUCAGUGGCGCUAUUGUGAAAGCCAGCAUGUUGCAUUCAUUAACUGAUUUCUUCCUCUUCUUCUUCUUCUUCCCAUAACUUAAUGUGAAUUAUUCAUAGGCAAUUAUUAUUGAGUUUCAGAAAAUAACUUGUCAGUGUUCCUUAACAGAUUGUAGAGUUUGGGCAAGCUCAUUAAUGGGACUCUAUUCAAGACUGCUUGCCUCUCUUGAAAUAUUUGUAGAAGGAGCUGAUGGAGAAAAUUCACAACUCUCUCCCCCCCCCUCUCGUCUGUGUGUGUAUGUGUGUGUGUGUUUAACAGUACAAUGGUGCACAACAAAACCUAAGAAUACUUCACACAGUAUAUGUUUCUAGCACACUUCUAUGUAGAAAUUGUGAGAAAGCCAUGUGCAGAUUGUCACACACGAUGCCCGCACACAUGCUGUGGUCAUUCGCGACUUCCUGCCACAUACAGGUCCCAGUGGAGUCAUGCUGUGCGGUUGUUGCAAAGUAUUGUCCAUGGAUAGGGUUUCCUUCUGUUUCUGCCUUUUCUCAGAAAAGAAUGAGGUAAAAUGGUCCUUGGAAGCCAUCUUGGGCUUGAAAGUGGCACUUUGCUUCUAUAAUAUUAUUGAUUUGUUUAAACAGCUUACCGUAUUUUUCGCUCUAUAGGACGCACCAGACCACAAGACGCACCUAGUUUUUAGAGGGGGAAAUCAAGAAAAAAAAUAUUAUUCCCCAGCCCCAAAGAGCAAAGAAGCCAAGACAGUGAGCAGGAUCCAUCCCGCUGGCUGUCUUGGCUUCUGCCAUAGCCGCGCAACCUCUCCAGCCGGGAGCUAAACCUCUCCAGUGUGGCUAAAGAAGCGUGGCUAAAGAAACCAAGGCAGUGAGCGGGAUGGAUCGCGCUUGCUGCCUUGGCUUCUUUAGCCUUGUGCAGCCUCUCCCGGCUGGAGAGGCUGCGCGCAGCUAUGGCAAUUCCCCCACCUCCUGCAAAAGCCCACAGGAGCCGAGCGCCCUUUAAGGAGCGUGCAACUCCUGUGGGCUUUUCUGCGAGGAGGGAGAAGGGACUGACUGGCCGCGUCAGUCCCUUCUCCCUCCUGGGGCAAAGCCCGCAAGAGCCGCGUGAAACUUGUGUGCAGCUCUUGGGGGCUUUUCCUGCCUGUCUUCCCCCUGCAUUCACUCCAUAGGAUGCACAGACUUUCCCCCUUAGAUUUUAAGAGGGAAAAAGUGCGUCCUGUGGAGCGAAAAAUACGGUAUAUACCACUUGGUUACAAUAGUCCCUACGUGGUAUACAGAAAAUAUAAUACCGAACAGGUGAAAAUUGGUUAAAACUAUUAAAUCAAGCUUAAGUUACAAUGCCUGCUGGAUUAAAAGUCUUCGGUAGGUUUUGGGGUCAGGGGUAGGUGGACUGUGUUACCUCAGCUGGAAGGAGGUUCCAUAAAAUUGGGCCCAGUUUUAUUAAUGCUCCUUGUAUAGCAAAUGAAGCAAAGCCCAUAUGUCUCAGCCCAUUUGUUUCUGUUGGGAUAGGGCCCUGGGAUUGUUCCUUAAUUUUUUAGUUGAAGAAUUUCCUGGGGGUGGGCGAUUUUGAUCUGUGGUGCUGCAAAUUAAAGGGCUAGUUGUGUUUGGAAAUAUUUUAGUUACUGUAAUAGGGAACGAAAAUGAAAAUAUUGGCCUUUCCUCCUAGCACUGAGUAAUAGUAAUGGGCUUACUUAGUUGAAUAUUACACCCUGCUUGCUUCAAUAUCUGGAAAACCCUACAUUAAUAUGCAAACUAUUUAAACCUAAAGCAGUUACAAGGCACAUGACCAAAUCAGUUACAGAAAUAGCAGCACUGUUUUUAAUAUUUUAAAAAUUCUUGUUCCUCUCUGUUCCUUAAUAUAGAACAACAAACUGAGUGAAAUAGACUCUGGUCUACUGUUUUUAGCUCCUGCUAUUCUGAAAAAUAAUUUAACCUUGUUUUUGUCUUUUUAAAAAAAACUCUGCUCAGAAAAUAAAGCAGAAGUCAUCUUGCUUUUGUCGUUCCAGGACACCUGCAUGUUAAAGGGAGUGAGAAAAUGUCAAAAUCACUGAAAAACUACAUUACCAUUAAGGUAUUGUAAACUGGCACACACUUCCAUUUAACUUGAAUCCUCUGAACAGUUGCCACCACCGGGAAUGUGUUUUUUGGUGUGUUUUUUUAAAUCAAGCUCCUCUCAGUGGAUUUGGCCUGUACAGGAAGAAAGGAGCUCUUAAGAUCAGAGGGUGGGAUGGAGGAAUGCUUGAGGCCUGGCCCAGCUCAUAUUCGAGAUUACCUGUGCCACCCUGGGCAUGUCUACUUGGGCACAAGUCCUAUAGCGUUCAAGAGGACUUGGUCCCAGGCAAGUGUAUUUAGGAUUGCAGGCUCAGUACAGAAGAGCGUUCCCAUCUUCUAACUAGGGCUGGGCCAUAUCUGGUUUUCAUCAUCAUGAUAUAUCACCAGCUAAGCAUUAUGAUAUUAGGAGGUCUGAAAUGAGGAUGGAGUUAUGUAGAGACAUUGGCUGCCUUCACAGUUUUCCCAGCAUUGUGAAUUUUGCAUAGCGCGCGCGCGCACACACACACACACGCACACACACACUAUUGCCAAGUCAAAAAUUAUGAAAACAGUAUCAUGAUAUGAAAUUCAAACCAGCUCUGGACAUCGCCCAGCUCUACUUCUGACUCUGCACUUGCUUUAGCUUCAUUGGUUCAUGAGAGGGACAAAGGUGGCGUUGUGGUCUAAACCACUGAGCCUCUUGAGCUUGCCGAUCAGAAGGUUGGCAGUUCGAAUCCCAGCGAUGGAGUGAGCUCCCGUUGCUCUGUCCCAGCUCCUGCCAACCUUGCAGUUCGAAAGCAUGGGAAGGUAAACGGCGUUUCCAUGCGCUCUGGUUUCCGUCAGGUGUUCCAUUGCGCCAGAAGUGGUUUAGUCAUGCUGGCCACAUGAUCUAGAAAGGUGUCUAUGGACGAACGCCAGCUCCCUCGGCCUAAAAGCAAGAUGAGUGCCACAACCCCAUAGUCGCCUUUGACUGGACAUAACUGUCCAGGGGUCCUUUACCUUUACCUUUGAUUCAUGAAUUUAUGUCUAAGCAGAGAUGGCGGAGGAUUAAACAGGUAUCAAAGAGAACACGGCUCUGUAUAUCUAUUGUAGUUGUAUUGCACUCAUCCUCCAAGGAAUCCUUGGGAACCUCCUUGAGGUUAUUCUACAGUAUCCAUGAUUCUUCACACCACAUCAAAACGUUCUGUUUAACAGGCUUUUUAAAAUGUAGUGUUACUUGUUACAGGGAUUGGUGAGGAUCAUUGGGCCCUAGUUGCUGGACCAUGGGAUUCUGGGCCUGGUGGGAGUUGAGUCUAACAACAUUUAUAUCCAGCUCUUGCUCAGAGGAGGCCAUCGUUUUCCCUUAUUUUGUCCUCGCAACAUUUUUGAGGUCCAGUGUAGCGCCAUCCAAUGCAGUGAGUCCAACUGCCCAAGGCUGCAAGCUUACCUGGUAGUAAGCUUCACUAAACAUAACAGGCCUGCUGUCUUGAGUAAACAAGCGGUAGGAAGUGUAAAGCAGAGGUGGGAAAAUGCAUAGUUUUCCAGAUGUAGUUAGACUUCAGCUCCUUCAGCCUCAGCCAGCAUGGCCCAAGGCUAGCAUCUUGUCCACCAUGCUAGCUUUAAAAAUGCCUGCAUGUUGUUGGGAAGAGGACAUCGUGAUAAAUUCUUUGGAACGCAAAGGCGACAUUUUGUUUGCCUGUGGAUUUUUUUUCACGUCCUUCGCAAAUCAGUUGUAUAUUGUAACUGGGGGAAUCUUUCGGAUGGGCUAGUUGGCAUAGUAAUUGAUGGGUAAUUUUUCUUCACUCAUCUUAAAGAAAAAAAUAAACUCCUUAAGGUGAGUUUCAGUCCACUGACCCAGACAUCCUCUUGUUUAUUCAUGAGAAAACUCUCAUGUGGAAAAAUCCCCCCUGAAAAUCUGCAGGAUUGACUGCUUUCCUUUUAGGAAUGAACAGAUUCCAAAGGACUAGUCAGGCGUCGUUUCCCUCUCUUUCUGGACUCAAGUUGAAUAGUGUCUGUCAAGCUGUGCUUGUUCUUUUGAGUCUUCCUUCCUGAUACUCUCACCCCGAGUUUAGUUUAAGUUGCUAACAGUUUAUUAUAUUGUUCCGUGUCCUGCUCAGAAGACAGGACAUAAAAAUAAUAUUGAGCGGUGAGAGUAUCUGCGUUUCUUAUACCUAGGAAGCCAAAUUCAGAUAUUUCACUCGGACUGUAAAAUGAUGCAGGUACAUGUCAUGUGUUUAGAUACACACACAAAAUUCACUUUAUUCUGAACCUGCUCUUUGUGUUUUUGUAAAAUUUGGGUUACAUUUUUAAUUUUGUGAAAUACUAAUGGGUACUAGGAGGAAGUUUAGCAGGCAGUAACUAGGAGGUACAUAGCCAGAAGGAAGUGACUGUAGUUUAGGUGCCUAAAUUCCAUCCCCGGACAUGGGGCCCAUUUGCAGCCCUGUGUUUCUGUGCAUUCUGACAUUUCUGCAGCAGUGAGAACUAGAAGCUUGGGUUUUCCCACUUUAAAUGAAAACUCAAAAUUCCUUGUCAGAUUCUGCUGCAAUCGGUGCUCAUGGAAGCAGGGAUUGCUAUCUGCCUUGAUAUAAUCCUCUUUAUGAGGAUAUAAUAGCAGAGGGUCGGGAGCUUUGAGGUGCGUGGAAGGACUUGGGAUUGUGUUUGUUAACAAAGGUCCUCCUGUUGUAAACUGGAAGGUCUGUCCCAAACGUGCAAUCCCAGCCCUGUACGCAAAAAUUUAAUUCAUGUGAGUAUUGAAGGCUGAAUGAUGAUGAUGAUGAUGAUUUCCUUUCUAUCACACCUUUCCUCAAAGUUGCUGAAGGUGGCCUGCCUCCUCCUCAUUUUAUCCUCACAACUCUGCAAGGUAGGUCAGCCUGAGAUGCUGUGGUCUUCUAAGUCCUAGCCCAACACUCUGACCACUACAUGCAAUCUGGGAUUUUGCAGCGUGUCGGAUUCUGUCAUGGAGACUAUUUUCCAUGACUGGCAAUGUCCUUUAUGACCCUCUUAUAACUGUUAGUUAUAAGGAGAGCUAGAGCUUAAUUUGUAUUUCUUUUUCACUUUGUCUUUAGGAUUUCCUGAAGAAGUUCUCACCUGAUCAGUUUAGGAUGUUUUGCUUACGGAGUGGAUACAGAUCAUGUAAGGAAAACUUCUUUGAGUAGAGAUGGACUAUCCAUAAAGUCAUAAUUACAUGUAUGCUUUGUGUGCACAUUUUUAAGGCAUAUCUUUUGGGUUGGGGACUUUUUUUGAGAGUGCUAUGAUUUUGGGGCGUGAGGGGGGUUUUUUUGUCUGUACUCUUGAACGUCAAAUCAAUUUUCAGAUGUAGCCCUGUGUUGACUGGUGGUAGGAAGAGUGAGGGGGCCAUUAAAUCCAUUCCCAUACCUGAGCCACGUGAGAUUAAUAGUUUUUAAUAGUAGCAUAACCAUUGUUCUCUGUUUAUAUAAUAAUGCUGAUGCUUUGACGGAACAACAUAAAGCUGAAUUUAUUUUCCUAGCUGUUGAAUACAGUGAUGACAGCAUGAAUGAUGCAAAGAACAUUCUUCAGACAAUCUGUUCUUUUGUGAGCAGUACACAUGCCUACAUGAAAGGACAACUUUUGUGUGAAGCCGUUAGAGAAGAUCUACUGUGGGAGAGGUGAGUGUGAAGGCCUGUUGUGUUGUGUGUUAUUGGCCUGGUAUGUGAUAAAAUCCUGAGAAGUUACCAUUUCAGCUGGUACGCAACAAGUGCCUUUAUAUGCUUUCCCUAUAAACGAAGUGAGAAAAUAAUCCCUGCAAGUAAAAAUGACAAGCACAUCAGAGAAAGAGGUUUUAACUCAUCCUGUUAGGUUUUUUUUGCUUCCAGAGUACAGUAUUGUUUUUUCCUCCCGGCUGUGUGUGUACUUUGACGCCUUCUAUUUUGUAGUUUAGCCUUCCUUGAGUUGUCUUUGCUUUGAUUAAUUAGCAUACCCUGUUCACUUUUCUCUUUUAAUAGUUUUAAAGAGAGUCCAGGCACAACACAAGGCUGUCGCAUAUCUCUUCUAUUGAUUGAUUAUAUGGUCAUGAAUCAAAAUCUAUUCAGUUGUAUUAGUGAAAAGAGCCAUAUUCUCUGAACACCAGCUUCUGACGCUUCGUAAUUUCUUUUCCAAUAACACAUAAAUCUUUCCUAUUCCUCAAGAAACAGAUUUAUAGAUCUUCCUUCCCCGAGUUUAAUACCGUAUAUUAUCUUCAAUAAUGCUAAUGUCUUCCAAAUUUUAAUGAAUUGGAUGCUAGGAAUUGCAUUUCUACUCUGGCCACUUGCAGUAGCCAUGUUUGUGGAGAUUAGAAGUAUUAACCGAGCUUUAUUCUCAGUUUUGGUGGGAUCCAAUGAUACAGCCACAGGUAUAUAUAUAUACAGUGGUACCUCAGGUUACAUACAUAUAUAUAUAUAUAUAUAUAUAUAUAUAUAUAUAUAUAUACACAGUGGUACCUCAGGUUACAUACGCUUCAGGUUACAUACACUUCAGGUUACACACUCCACUAAGCCAGAAAUAGUGCUUCAGGUUAAGAACUUUGCUUCAGGAUGAGAACAGAAAUCGUGCUCUGGCGUCGCGGCGGAAGCAGGAGGCCCCAUUAGCUAAAGUGGUGCUUCAGGUUAAGAACAGUUUCAGGUUAAGAACAGACCUCCGGAACGAAUUAAGUACUUAAUCCGAGGUACCACUGUACAGAGAGAGAGAGUUUUUCUACAUAUCAAAUUUUUAAAAACUUCAAACUUUGAAACAUCCAAUGACUUCCCUUCUUCUCCUUCCAUUGAAUUUAUUUUAAUGCCACCAGCAUUUUGAGCUGUGUACAAUUAUUUUCCAUAUAUUCAAUAAAUAUUUUCCACUCUUCUCUAAAUAUACGUUCUUCUUGCUCUCUUAUUCUGUGGGUUAAACCUGCAAGUUCUGCAUAUUGUAACAUCUUAAGUUGCCAAUCCUCUUUUACAAGGGACCUCACUCACUUUCCAUUUCUGAGCCAACAAAACACGGGCCGCUGUUGUUGCAUACAUAAAUAAACUUUUCCGGGACCUGGGAAUUUGUGUCUGGGUUAUUCCCAACAAAAAGGACUCUGGUUUUUUUGGGAAGGUAAAUUUAAACAUUUUUUUCCAGCUCAUUAUAAUUCAGGCAUAGGUAAACUUGGCCCUCCAGAUGUUUUAAGACUGCAGUUCCCAUCAUCCCUGACCACUGGUCCUGUAAACUAGGGAUGAUGGGAUUUGUAGUCCCAAAACAUCUGGAGGGGCCGAGUUUGCCUAUGCCUGUUAUAAUUCUUUCCCCAAUAUUACUUCACUUUUCUGCAUGUCCACAACACAUGGAAAAAGGUUCCUUCUACUUCUUUACAUUUCCAAGACAUAGCUGAUUCUGCUUUAUACUUAUUAGCCAACCUACUGGGAGUUAGGUACCAUCUAUGGAUUAUUUUUAAAUAGUUCUCUUUCAGAGAAUAACACGCAGGAAAUUUCAGAUCAUUUUUCCAAAGUUUCUCCCAGAGGUUUAGGUCUAUAUUGUGUCCUAUAUCUGUUGCCCCGUGCGUCAUUGAUGCUUGUCAUUUGUUUUCCAUUCUAAUAAGAAAUUAUACAUUUUAAACAAAUGUUUAUCCUUAUUUUGCAACCAUUCUUUUUCAAAUUGUGAGCUUUGGCCUGAAAACCCUUUUUUUUUAAAAAAAAAACUACUUUAAACGUUUCAUAUAUCUGGUGGUAUUGUAACCAAUCCGUAACAUGGCUCCUUAACUUCUCCAUAGGUUUCAGUCUGGGUUCUGCAAAGUCCAGCAAUUCCCAUUGUCUAUCCAUAUUAACUCUCUUAAUUGUAAUUGCUCCGAUGGGUGAUUACCAUAAAGGUGUGUUUUCCUUUCUAGCAGAUUUUUAUAUUUCUCCCAGACUCUCUACAAAUUCUUCCUGAGAAUGCGGUUCAUAAAACUCUUACAGAUUUUAGCUUUCCCAUACCAAAGACAUGCAUGCCGGCCAAAUUCCUAAGAGAGGAGUAAUGAGGCAGCUUGCUGCUGGAGUGCAUUAGAGCCCAGCAACCGCGGCUCGACUGCCGGGACGGCCCGGCUCCUCACAGAACUGAGUGAGCCCACUGGGAGCUUGCUUUGGUCACUGCAGGACCCCGUAAUGUCCUGGCCGUCCCCAAGACUUUCUUUGGGGUGCUUGUUGCCUCUGAGCUGCCCCCAAACUCCCGAAAGCAGCCGCCGGGUUGCUGUGAUAGCGGCACCAGCUGCCUUCUCCCCUCGCAGCAAACCGGAAGUCCAGAAAUGGCUGUCUUAAAAUGACUAGAAUGUCAGUGUACAUAUAAACCUAUACAUUCACAAAGAUCAUCCGGAACUGUAAACACCCACAUAUUAAUGCCAACGUUCUCCACUCAAAAAAUGCAGUGAAAAUGUAACAGUGAUUAGCAGAAGGGAGUUUGUUCAAGGGGGCUUCCCCAGUCUUUUCAUAGAGCAUCCGUUAUGUGGCAGAAUAUUGCCCAGCAAGCCCCUGCCAUUGGUUGGUGACAGCUGUAGCCAUUCGGAUUUUUCUUCCCUGUUGAUGCACACUCUUGGUAUAGAAAUGGCAGAUUUCAGGGCCACCACUAGGCGUGAUGGCUGCAGAAACGUUUUCAGAACCUUUAUCUGUCCUUUUUUAAAAAUAAUAAUAAUAAUAAAAAAAUUAUUAAGUACAAAUUAGAAAACAUACAUAUUUACAACAAAAGAAAAUACAAAAGGAAAAGAAAAUACAUAUAACCAAGGAAAAAAAUUAGAGAAUACUUUGUCUCUUUUCAUAUUUACAGUUAUUUAUACCUCUAUAAAAUGCUAUUCACAAUAAAGGAGUGAAAUGAAAGAUAAGAUACCAGAAAAAAGAAAAAAGAACAAAGAAAAAAUAAUAAAGUAAAAGAAAAAGAUCAUAGGUGAAAAAUUUUAAAAGUAGAUAAGUAUUCACUAUACAUAGCCGUUUCCCAUCUACAGUGGUGCCUCGCAAGACGAAAUUAAUCCGUUCCGCGAGUCUCUUCGUCUUGCGGUUUUUUUGUCUUGCGAAGCACGGCUAUUAGCGGCUUAGCGGCUAUCAACGGCUUAGCGGCUAUUAACGGCUUAGCGGCUUUAAGAAAAAGGAAACAAACUCGCAAGAACUUGCAAGACGUUUCGUCUUGCGGAACGACUCAAAAAACGGAAAACUCUUUCGUCUAGCGAGUUUUUCGUCUUGCGAGGCAUUCGUCUUGCGGGGCACCACUGUAUAUUUAUAUUCAAUUGUAUAAUUUCAUCUUGUCCUUAUCUACCUUAAAUAAAGUGUGUGGGGUUUUUUAAAACACUUCCACCAUUUGCCUCACACAUUUUUAAUAAUCCGUUCGUCAGAUCCUCUGUUCUUCAUAUUUUCCCUUUGGAUUUCCUUAAUGUCUCACUUUGUAUUUUUUAUAUUACGCACAAGAUUAUUCUAAACACAACCAGAUUUUUGUAGUCGAGCCCUGGUUUUGUAAAUAAUCAUUUAAGAACUCCCAUUCCUUCAUAACCAUAGUUUUGGAUUUUCUCCUUAUUAUAUCUGUCAGUUUUGCUAGUUCCAGAACCUUUAUCAGUCCUAAACGCACGCACAGUGUGCCUGGAAGAUGGGCUGCAGAGAGGUAACAGGCAGCAGGAAGUCUUGUAAUCUCCCAUUCAUUUGUCCCUUCUGUUGUAAGAGAAGUAUCGGUAGUCCUUUAAUAGUGAUUUACCAAAUGGCACUUGGUCCAGCUUGUGUGAAGCACUUUUGCUCCCCGUGGAAAAGUUGGAGCAGGAACUUAGCCGCCUCCUGAUGAAAUUGUUGGUCAAACUACUUAACCUGGGAUACAUCCUGCCAAAAGUGCAUUUUAACUAGCCGGUCGGUUUACGUCUGGGGCUUUUCUAAAAAAACAACAACACUUCCGUUGUCUUAAUUUUCCCCCCUCCUUCUCCAAGGCUAGCCAACACCAAAGCAGCGGUGAAGUCUGCGUGUGCCGAUGACUUUGACACCCCCAGGGCUAUUGGUGCAAUUAUGGACCUCAUUCACCAUGGCAACAGGCAGCUGAAGGCCGUCACUAAGGUAACCCAUUAGGAGACGAAGAUCAGAAACCGACCAUUGUCUAAACGGUUCUGUACUGACAGGUUGGCUUUAUCAUUUUCCUAGGCGAAACCUGCAAGGAAAAAUAAUGACAAAUGAUUCUCUCCCCCACCCUCUGCCACAUCCCAAGACAGGCAUUUAUACAAACUACAUUUCUAGAAUCAGAAACCUCUUUUGCUGUGUUUCAGAGCACCAAAAGUUUUAUUUCCUUCUUGCUACUUGGUAUUCUUAGGCAUCUGAAGAACUUUUACAUGAGCCUUUUUUCUUCACUAAUCACACCGUUCAGUUAUGUAUUUACAGUUGUACCUUUGUUUUCGAACAGCUUAGUUCCCGAACGUUUUGGCUCCUGAACGUUGCAAACCCAGAAGUGACUGUUUUGCUUUGUGAACUAUUUUUGGAAGCCAAACAUCUGAUAGGGAUUCCGUGUCUUCCGAUUGGCUGCAGGAGCUUCCUGCAGCCAAUCAGAAGCCGUGGUUUGGUUUUUGAAUGUUUUGGAAGUUGAAUGGACUUCCGGAACGGAUUCCGUUCGACUUCCAAGGUACAACUGUAUUUAUAUGAGAGAGAGACAGAGAGAGAGACGGAGGAGUACCCAGGUAAUCUUUCGUAGAAACUGUUGUUUUCCUGAGUUUAUUCUGUUCUUUCCCCUUUUCUUGCCCAAAAGUUGGCUUGUUGCGAAUUUAAAAGAAAAAUAGCUUCCAGCACUGUUGUAGUGGUAAAGAUUUUCAGGUGUGAACUGACUGGCACCAGGGCUUUUUUCCAGCUGGAACUCGCCGGAACUCAUUUCUGGCACCUCUCAGGUGGGCGCCAUUUCCAUUAUAAGAGAACAAGGCAGGUAUUCAUGGUGAGUUCUGGCACCUCUUUUUCUAGAAAAAUAGCACUGGUGGUAGCGUGACAGACAUAGCAUCCAGGUGGAGCAGAGUGAUCCUGAACUUAGAAGUCAGAGUUGUCCUCACCCCCAGGAGGACGACUUGCUCCUGUUGGUCACUAGUGGUGGGCUUUGCUGCAGGAGAACCAGGAGGAGUCUGGCUCCAAGCCACCAUAGACAGCUCAUCCCUGUUGGUUUGCUUACAGACAGAGCAACACGUUGCUAAUAUAUGGGGGCAAGAUGAUGAUGCACAGUGACCGCUGUUAGUAUGGCGCUAGGAUUAUAUUUACCCCCCCCAAGUUUUCCUCCAGAAUGGCAUGUAAUUGCCACAGAGGCCAUAGGAAGAUUGGGGAUUUAUGUACUGUGUUGGGAAGGCAACCGUGAAUAGGCAGAAAUUCUGCCCUGCUUGUGCAGAGCACUUUGGGGCCUAAUCGUGGAAGAAAUUACGAGCAAAUGUUUUUUGGUCGGUCUACUUUUAAGCCUAUCUUCAUGCCCAUUAAAGUCUAGAAUUGGUGAGUUAGUUAUUAAAUGGCACCAGAUAUUCAGGGAGUGUUGAAUACUCUGCCCAAGGCAAAAUGUUGAAAUCCGUGAGUGUGUGUGUGUGUUUUGGGAGAAACUGCCUGCUUCCUACUUGCUUGAUACCCUUCUCAUUUUGAGUCUAAUGGGUAAAGUCCAAAAUGGCCGCUACUUCUGGAGCACUGAACUCUUUAGUUCCAUGCUUACUGUUUUUAAAGUGCCUUUUCUGUAAGCCACUUUAGGGAGCCAUCUGAUUGCGUUAAGUAAAGUUUUAUCUACGUACAGUGCACAAACACACACACGGUUAACUGUUAACAAAAGAACACAGUGUUUUGGUUUUUUUAAAAAAGUAUUGAAUCUUGGCAGUAUACAUUCUAGCUCAGUGAAUAUCUGCAUGCAAUCCAUCAUCUGUGACAUUAUUAUUAUUUCCUAAUGUUUUGCCCCCUGUUAAAUUGAUUUCUUGGAAUUAUGAUCUUCACUAAGGCGAAGUUGCUUCCCUCCAAAUCUUGACUUGCCCGAGAUCUGUUAUGUAACCAAGGCUGUAUCGUAAAACUCUCUGCAGAUAUUUUAUCCUCCCCACUCACCACACAAGCGUUGAAAAUACAAAAACCCUUCACUAUGCUUAGCCAGGCUCCACAAUGAGAAAAGCUGGCCUCUGUAACUUGUAUAAAUUGUGCAAAUGUGUACAGACUAGUGUUUUGACUGCUCAAGACGAUGGACGAGUAAAGCUGGGAAGCCCUGUUUGUCUGCUGAACGAAAUAGGAGGCUUUCACACAGUUUUGUGCAUGGCCUUUGCAACAGUAAAAGCUGGAAAUGUGUGUGGAGCACUUAAAUGGAGAGCUGAGAUUGGCAAAGCUAGAUGUUGAACCCAAUGUUAGUGCUGUUGCACAGAACUGCAGAAUCAUAAUAAUAAUAAUAACAACAACAAUAAUUUUUUAUUUAUACCCUGCCCUCCCCAGCCAGAGCUGGGCUCAGGGCAGCUAACACCAGUAAAAUUACAAUAAAAACAUAAUGGGGGCAGGAACACACACACAAAACACAAAUUUAUUAAAAUACGGGUUAAAAUACAAUUAAAAAUGCAGCCUCAUUUUAAUGGCAGUCCAUAGAUCAAAACUAUAAGGGGAGGGAAACAUAAGGGUCAGACUGAGUCCAAACCAAAGGCCAGGCAGAACAGCUCUGUCUUGCAGGCCCUGCGGAAAUAUGUCAAAUCCCGCAGGGCCCUAGUCUCUUGUGACAGAGUGUUCCACCAAGUUGGGGCCAGUACUGAAAAGGCCCUGGCCCUAGUUGAGACCAAUCUAAGCACCUUGCGACUUGGGACCUCCAAAAUGUUGUGAUUUGUGGACCUUAAGGUCCUCCGCGGGGCAUACCAGGAGAGGUGGUCCCGUAGGUAUGAGGGUCCUAGGCUGCAUAGGGCCUUAAAGGUCAAAACCAGCACCUUAAACCUGACCCUGUACUCCACCGGGAGCCAGUGCAGCUGGUAAAGCACUGGAUGAAUGUGAUCCCGCGGCAAGGACCCAGUAAGGAGCCUCGCUGCAGCAUUCUGCACCUGCUGGAGUUUCUGGGAAAGCUUCAAGGGCAGCCCCACAUAGAGUGAGUUACAAUAAUCAAGCCUGGAGGUGACCGUCGCAUGGAUCACUGUGGCCAGAUCAGGGAGAGAAAGGUAAGGGACCAACUGCUUGAUACGGCGGAGAUGGAAAAAUAAUAUGGUGGUGGAAAACAUUUUUUGGGACGGGUCAAAAGCUACAUUCCCUUAAGGAUAGUCAGUUAGAAGAGCAAAGGUCAGUGAUGAGGAACACAAUUCUUUUCUGUCUUCCCACUUGUUUUCUCGCCGUCCAGUGUGCCAGACAAGAGAAAGAACAGAUCACUCUUGCUAAAUCUCUGCACUGAUCACUUGCAAGGGGCUUUCUCCCUUGGUUCUUCCAUGUGCUGGCUUCCCAUUUAUCCCUCUGGGCUCCCCAUGCCUCCACUGCAGAAUAAUGGAACGCAGUCAGUCCUGUUUAUAAUAUACACACACGCACAGUCUGAUAAUGUAGCUUUCUUUGUUAAUGACAACCAUGACCUCAUAAUUUGGCAAAAGAUGUAGAUGUAAAAUACUGGAUGGAAUCAUAGAAUUGUACAGUUGGAAGGGGCUAUCAGAGUCCCGCUAUGUCCCACAGAGAGCCUCAAGGUCCAUAAAUAGCAACACCCUAGAGGUCCCGGGCCCUAAGGAAGUUAGAUUGGCUCCAACCAGAGCCAGGGCCUUUUCAACUCUGGCUCCGGCCUGGUGGAACGCUCUGCCUCAUGAGACCAGGGCCCUGCGGGAUCUGAUUUCUUUCCGCAGGGCCUGUAAGACAGAGUUGUUCCGCCUGGCCUUUGGCUUGGAGCCAGUUUGAUUCCCUCCCCCUCCCCCUCUUUCUUUUUUCUUUUUCCUUUCUCCUCCUGUGAUGAGGCUGCAUUUUAAUAUUUUAAUGUUGUAUUUUAAUCUUGUUUUUAAGUUGUAUUCAUUCUACUUGUUUUUAUUAUUGCUUGUAAGCCGCUCUGAGCCCGGCCUUGGCUGGGGAGGGCGGGGUAUAAAUAAAAAAUAUUAUUAUUAUUAAUAUUUAGUCCAACCUGCUACAAUGCAGGAAUUUUUCUCCUAACUUGGACCUCGAACCCACAACACUGAGAUUAAGAGUCUCAACUGCCUGAGCUUAUCCUAUCAGUUUAUCCAAGAAGCCUUGGAAGGUAUUUAUUUCUGAGCUUUUCCUAGAUAAUGUACAUUUAAAAAAUCUCGUAGCAAGAGCUGCAGGAGGGAGAGUGGCGUCAAGGAAAUGCCUUGCUGUCCCGAACUUUGCCCCUAGGCCUUACAAGUGCGGCCCGGCUUACAUACCAGCAGCAUUUGGUUUUCCUAAAAUAUUCUUCUUCUGCUCUAUGGCUAGUUACUGCGGUUAAGAAGUCUUCGCUCUUGGAAAGGAGGAGGUUUAGGCAAUCUAGCAGAUAAAUAGAUUCCCGCAGAGUAUUGUUCGCUUUCAUCUUUUGUCCGUGUGCAGAGAGAUGUUAUCGUUACAUCAGCUCUUUUGUGCGUUUUGAAAUCAGGAAAGUGGAUCGCCUAGGAGCGCUGUUGUGUUUGGAGCCAUUGUCUCCUACAUCAUGGAAUUCCUUCACACAACUGGGAUCACCCUUGCGGAAAGACAGGUAGGAAAGCACCCCACUUACCUGAGAGUAAGCCCCAUCGAAUUCAAGAGGACUCCGAGGAGCUGUAGUUAGGUGUUGUAGGGUCACAAAACCAGGCUUCUGACAAACUGUGUGCCUGGUCCCUUGUCCUUCGGAAAAAACAUGUUUCCAGCUGAUUCCAUCUUUAUGUGCAUAUAAUUUUUUAUAUGAUACUCACCCUAACACAGGGCAGUCCCUAGGUGAUUUAGAGUCAAGUUUGUUGUUGUUUUUGACUUCUUCUUUUUUUAAAAAUUAAAAUUGUCCUCCUACCUGAUCCUCAGAAAUUUAUCUGGAUUGAUACAAUUCCAAAGCACCGUGUUAGUCUUUGGCUUAGAAACCAAAAACAAUAAGGCUGAAAAUGAGAAACACUAAAUAGGAUGUAUUUUCCUUUUCUGAAAGUCCUAAUAACUAUCUCUUAAUGUAUUCAUUUUAGUUGUGAUGUAGUUGACAAGCACCUGGUGUCUAUUUGGUUUUAGUUACUGCAAUGUGAAUGUGCUUUGUUUUACAUUGCUUUACUUGGUUAUGUGUGUUGUUUUUUUGGAGGGGGGAGUAAAAACGUUCAUUUAAAUAAUAUCAUCACCACCUAUCAGGACCAGUGGUCAGGGAUUAUGGGAAUUAUAGUCAUAGAACAGCUGGAAACCAAAGUUGGGGAAACCCUGGUCUAUAGGGUGAAAUACACACCCAUACAAAUCACCUGUCAUCCUGGCCUUAGAACUUUGCAAGUUCUGCACUAGGUGCUUUCCUUUAGGAUUUUUUGCUACAUUUGAAGAGGGCCUUCACUGGUUUGUUUUACUUUUUAACAAGAUAUAUAUACCCCUUAAUUGAGAAUUUUAUUAUUUGUUUAGAAAUGGCAAUCAAAACAGGCAUAAUACGGCCCAUUUUGUAUCUUAUUUAAAACUUAUUUUAAAUACAAUUGUAUGCAGUUAAAUUACAUGUCUGGGUACUCCUGGUGCCGUUCUGGACAUGCCGCACAUAGCUGGCUUCCUGUGUAAGUGUGUUGCAUGUUGGGAUUGAAUUCGGGUUUUUGAUUUAUAGGUAGCUCCAGAAAACGAACAUUCAGCCAUGCUCUCCAACGUGAUAGAUGAACUGGUGAGCUUCCGAACCAAAGUGCGCAGUUUUGCCCUUGCUGCACCCGAGGCUGCGGGGGGCGUGUCCGCAGAUGGUGCCCUUCUGUCGAAAGAAGCCCGGCUGCAAAAGAAAACCGAAAGGCAGCAACUGUUGAAGGACCGAGCGCCCCUCUUGCAAGCGUGUGACAGCCUGCGUCGAGAUCUAGCCAUAUACGGCAUUGACAUAAAGGUUCGCCUCUUUCUCUGCCCAAAUCCUCCUGGCUGAACAUUUGUGGCAUAUCUCCUCUGUGGGUUGUUUUAGGAAUAGGGAUUUAUUGUGAUCUCUUCUCCCUCCUUCCCACUCCCCUCUGGGAACAGGCAGCUUUCCCCCUCGAACCCUAAAUGGUUAAAAUACAGUAGGAGCAACAGUAGAUUUAAACUUGAAUGGUCGUCACGUUUGGCUCAAGCCAGCAAGUCUUUAUUACUGCCCUGUGUAGCUGCCUUUGCAGUCCUCAGUGGAAACAACUGUUGAGCGUUGAAGAGCCUCUUUUGUUCUAAAGAGCCCUUGGGAAAUUUUAAAAUAUUCAAGCACUCCUGUAGUUGCAUUGUGAAGGCAAAGGAGUGGUGCUGGCUUUGGGAAAAAGUGUCCCAUAAAGUUUACUUGCCCCAUAGGUACUAGCUGUGUUUUUCUUACCUGCCAUGCAAGGGGUUUGUUGGGGGGGGGCGGUGUUGUAGAUUUUAGAAGAGCAAAUAAAUGUGCAAAAGUGCUUGGUUCUUCUGCAUACUAUUUGGAUCCGAGAAGCCCUUUUUAUUAUGAGUAAGUUGGGUUUCUGCGAGGGAGCUGUGAUGAUGGCAAAAGCAACCUGGGUUGCAAUCCAGCGAAAGCAGACUGGGGGCCAAAAGUCCCGUUGAAAACUUUGUGUACUUGGUCCAAUCUUAUGUGUGGACUUGCUCAUGCCGCGCUGAGAGUACAAACCAGGCGAAAAACAAGAAGAGGAUUGUUGUAGCAAGGUCCUCCUGGUUUCACAACCGAGGAGGAGGACCCAAAAACCAAAUGCUGGUUUAGGUUUAUUCUUCUUAGUCGGUGCUGUGGCAGCAGGUGUCUCUUAUCACCACCGCCUCAGAAAAGCUUAAGCCAUUUCAAAAAAAUAAUCUUGGUCCUGUAUAACUGAAGGAGCAUCUCCACCCCCCAUUGUUCAGCCUGGACACUGAGCUCCAGCAUGAGGGCCUUCUGGCGGUUCCCUCACUGUGAAAAGUGAAGCUACAAGGAAUCAGGCAGAGGGCCUUCUUGGUAGUGGCACCCUCCCUGUGGAAUGCCCUCCCAUUAGAUGUCAAGGAGAUGAGUAACUAUAUAACCUUUAACAGACAUCUGAAAACAGCCCUGUAUAGGGAAGCUUUUUAAGCUUUAAUGUUUUAUGUUUUUAUAUAGGUUGGAAGCUGCCCAGAGUGACUGGGGCAACCCAGUCAGAUGGACAGGGUACUACUACAGCUACUACUAACAACAACUGCUAGCAAGUCAACAUUCUGCUGAUUUAUGACACAAUCCUAUAUAUUUUUACUCAUGAGUAAGUCCCAUUGUGUUCACUGGGUCUUACUCCCAGGAAAGGGUACAUAGGAUUGCAGCCGUCAUCAGGGAAGCAUCUUAGAAACAUGAAUUGUGACUGUUAUUCCAAUACCUCAGAUGAAGUGAGCCUGUGAAAAGAUGGCGAUGAGUCUAGGGCAGGGUGAGGGAACCUGUGGCUCUGCAGAUGUUUGCUGGACUGCAGCUCCCAUCACCCCGACACAUUUGCCAUGGUGGUUGGGGUUAGAACAUCUGGAAGCCCCACAGGUUCUCUCCCAUUGGUCUAGGGCAGAGCUUUCAAAACUUACCAUGUUGGUGACAUGCUUUUUAGACGUGCAUCAUUUCACAACACAGUAAUUCAGUUUUGCAUCAUUUUGUGACACAGUAAUUCAGUUCUGCUAGCAAACCCAAGAUUAAACUAACCCCUUUCCAGUCCUGGGAGGAGCAUGGGGAGCAUUUGUGUGACACACCUGCACACUGUAGCCAACACACUGUGUUACAACACAGUUUUGAAUGCUCUGGUCUAGGGCAAGCCAGUAUGCCCACAUUUGAAGCCAGAGUUACAGUCCUGUGGGGCCUACUUUGGAAGUCAGGCCUAUUGAACAAUAUAGUAUUACUUCACAGCAUGAAAAGGACUGAGUAGAGGCUUUUCCAAUUCAUAUUUGAGUUCUAGAAGUAGUUUGUUUUAAAGGCAAUGUGAGUGUUUAACACACACUCCUUUUUUUGUAUUUAUGCAGGACAGAAGUACUACUUCUACAUGGGAACUUGGAGAGCCCAGUAAAGAACAGGAAAAGAGCUGA